AAAUGGCUUCGUUCCCCGAGACCGACUUCCAGAUCUGCCUGCUGUGCAAGGAGAUGUGCGGCUCGCCGGCGCCGCUUUCCUCCAACUCGUCCGCGUCGUCGUCCUCCUCGCAGACGUCCACGUCGUCGGGGGGCGGCGGCGGGGCCCCUGGGGCGGCGGCGCGCCGCCUGCACGUCCUGCCCUGCCUGCACGCCUUCUGCCGCCCCUGUCUCGAAGCGCACCGGCUGCCGGCCGCCAGUGGCGGCGCGCCGGGAGAGUCGCUCAAGCUGCGCUGCCCGGUGUGCGACCAGAAAGUAGUACUAGCUGAGGCGGCGGGCAUGGACGCGCUGCCUUCGUCCGCCUUCCUGCUCAGCAACCUGCUUGACGCCGUGGUGGCCACCGCCGACGAGCCGCCGCCCAAGAACGGGCGCGCCGGCGCUCCGGCAGGCGCGGGCGGCCACAGCAACCACCGGCACCACGCUCACCACGCGCACCCGCGCGCGUCCGCCUCCGCGCCGCCGCUGCCUCAGGCGCCGCAGCCGCCCGCGCCUUCUCGCUCGGCACCCGGCGGCCCCGCCGCCUCCCCGUCUGCGCUGCUGCUGCGCCGGCCUCACGGCUGCAGCUCGUGCGAUGAGGGCAACGCGGCCUCUUCGCGCUGCCUCGACUGCCAGGAGCACCUGUGCGACAACUGCGUCCGCGCGCACCAGCGCGUGCGCCUCACCAAGGACCACUACAUCGAGCGCGGCCCGCCGGGUCCCGCCGCCGCGGCAGCGGCGCAGCAGCUCGGGCUCGGGCCGCCUUUCCCCGGCCCGCCCUUCUCCAUCCUCUCGGUGUUUCCCGAGCGCCUCGGCUUCUGCCAGCACCACGACGACGAGGUGCUGCACCUAUACUGUGACACUUGCUCUGUGCCCAUUUGUCGAGAAUGCACGAUGGGCCGGCACGGGGGCCACAGCUUCAUCUACCUCCAGGAGGCGCUGCAGGACUCGAGGGCCCUCACUAUUCAACUACUGGCUGACGCCCAGCAGGGCCGACAAGCAAUCCAGCUGAGCAUCGAGCAAGCCCAGUCGGUGGCAGAACAGGUGGAGAUGAAGGCAAAGGUCGUACAGUCGGAGGUCAAAGCCGUGACUGCAAGGCACAGGAAGGCCCUGGAGGAGCGCGAGUGCGAGCUGCUGUGGAAGGUAGAGAAGAUCCGCCAGGUGAAAGCCAAGUCUCUGUAUCUGCAGGUAGAGAAGCUGCGGCAAAACCUUAACAAGCUCGAGAGCACCAUCAGUGCCGUCCAGCAGGUCCUGGAGGAGGGCAGGGCGCUGGACAUCCUGCUGGCCCGAGACCGAAUGCUGGCCCAGGUGCAGGAGCUGAAGACUGUGCGGAGUCUCCUGCAGCCCCAGGAAGAUGACCGAGUCAUGUUCACACCGCCCGACCAGGCCCUGUACCUCGCCAUUAAGUCCUUUGGCUUCGUUAGUAGUGGGGCCUUUGCGCCACUCACCAAGGCCACAGGUGAUGGCCUCAAGCGGGCCCUCCAGGGUAAGGUGGCCUCUUUCACUGUCAUUGGCUAUGACCAUGAUGGUGAGCCCCGCCUCUCUGGGGGUGACCUAAUGUCAGCUGUGGUCCUGGGCCCCGAUGGCAACCUGUUUGGUGCAGAGGUGAGCGAUCAGCAGAACGGUACUUACGUGGUGAGCUACCGGCCCCAGCUGGAGGGCGAGCACCUGGUAUCAGUGACAUUGUGCAACCAGCACAUUGAGAACAGCCCCUUCAAGGUGGUGGUCAAGUCAGGCCGCAGCUACGUGGGCAUUGGGCUGCCGGGCCUGAGCUUUGGCAGCGAGGGCGACAGUGACGGCAAGCUCUGCCGCCCUUGGGGCGUGAGCGUAGACAAGGAGGGCUACAUCAUUGUUGCCGACCGCAGCAACAACCGCAUCCAGGUGUUUAAGCCCUGUGGUGCCUUCCACCACAAAUUCGGCACCCUGGGCUCUCGGCCUGGGCAGUUUGACCGACCGGCAGGGGUGGCCUGUGACACUUCGCGCAGGAUCGUGGUGGCCGACAAGGACAAUCAUCGCAUCCAGAUCUUCACCUUUGAGGGCCAGUUCCUCCUCAAGUUUGGUGAGAAGGGCACCAAGAACGGGCAGUUCAACUACCCAUGGGAUGUGGCGGUGAAUUCCGAGGGCAAGAUCCUGGUCUCGGACACGCGGAACCACCGGAUCCAGCUGUUUGGGCCUGAUGGGGUCUUCCUAAAUAAGUAUGGCUUCGAGGGGGCUCUCUGGAAGCACUUUGACUCCCCACGGGGUGUAGCCUUCAACCAUGAGGGCCACUUGGUGGUCACCGACUUCAACAACCACCGGCUCCUGGUCAUUCACCCCGACUGCCAAUCGGCACGCUUCCUGGGCUCAGAGGGCACCGGCAACGGGCAGUUCUUGCGCCCACAAGGUGUGGCUGUGGACCAGGAAGGGCGCAUCAUUGUGGCCGAUUCCAGGAACCACCGAGUACAAAUGUUUGAGUCCAACGGCAGCUUCCUGUGCAAGUUUGGCGCCCAAGGCAGCGGCUUUGGGCAGAUGGACCGCCCCUCUGGCAUCGCUGUCACCCCUGAUGGAAUGAUCGUCGUGGUGGACUUUGGCAACAAUCGAAUCCUCGUUUUCUAA